AUGGGUUCAUCAGCAUCAAGACCUGAAACAAAGGUCUUUACUCCCGCUGCCCCAGUGGAUUUCAGUGCAUCCUUCUUGUCACAGUUGGAAGCUUCAGCAGAAUCUGAUUAUUCUCGUGCUCAACAUACAGAAAAGUACAUCCAAGAACGAGUACUGGCAGAAUUGGCAAAAUUGGAAGCAGAGGCCGGCAAUCGUUUCCAUAAUGCUGUUGAUGGCAGUUUAUUGAAUAAUUAUGAUAAGGAGGAUUCCAAACUAUCUGUAAGUGAAGCAGAUGGUAAAAUCACUGCUUUAACAAAAGCUUUAAAGGAAAACAUUGAAUUGGCUAAAGUACAUGUCCCAGAAGCUACAAGAGAAGCAAGAGAAGCAGUUAUUAGUUGUUUAAAGGAGAACUCUGGUAAACCUUUAAAUUGUUGGGAAGAAGUUAGUCAAUUCAAGAAGUUAACUAAAGAUUUUUGA